UCGACCUGGAAGUAAACAGUACAGCUAGAACCUGAUGGAUUUGAAACUCUUGCUGACUCAGAGACUCUGUUAGAAAAUGUUUAACCUCACAUCUGCUUAUCUGUAGUCCAAAAAUCACGCAGACACAUUAGCGAAGCAGGCACAUUACCGACAGAUAUAACGUUACAGUGGUGUGGAGCAGCAGACACAUCGUUCAUCACGUGCUUGUCACUGACAACACAAACACUGUGAACACCUGCAGCGCUUCUGAAACACUGAACGGACAUGAACAACGAAAACUUCAACCUGAGCGAGAAGCUGGUGUCGUCUUCAUAUGUGCGGCAGGGUCUGCAGGCUCGUCGCGGUCACGAGCAGCUCAUCCGAGUGCUGUUACAGCAGGGCAAAUGUCCAGAGGAAGGAUGGAGUGAGAGCACCAUCGAGCUCUUUCUGAAUGAGCUGGCGGUCAUGGACAGCAACAACUUCUUAGGGAACUGUGGUGUGGGAGAGCGAGAGGGCCGAGUCGCCUCUGGCCUGGUGGCCAGGAGACAUUACAGACUGAUCCACGGCAUCGGCCGGUCGGGUGACAUUGCUGCUGUUCAGCCGAAAGCUGCCGGUUCAAGCCUCCUGAAUAAAAUCACUAAUUCAGUCGUGCUGGAUGUGCUGAAAUUUACAGGUGUUAGGAGUGUGUCCACAUGCUUCGUGGUCCCCAUGGCCACAGGAAUGAGUCUCACGUUGUGUUUCCUGACACUGAGACACAGGAGGCCAGGAGCGCGUUACAUCCUCUGGCCUCGCAUUGACCAGAAGUCCUGUUUUAAAUCCAUGGUGACUGCUGGCUUUGAGCCUGUAGUAAUAGAGAAUGUGCUGGAAGGAGAUGAGCUGAGAACAAACAUGGAGGAGGUGGAGAGGAAGAUUGAGGAGCUGGGAGCUGAGAACAUCCUGUGUGUCCACUCCACAACUUCCUGUUUUGCACCACGUGUCCCUGACAGGCUAGAGGAACUUGCUGUCCUGUGUGCCAAGCAUGAUAUUCCCCAUAUAGUCAAUAACGCCUAUGGAAUGCAGUCAUCCAAAUGUAUGCACCUUAUUCAGCAGGGGGCUCGCGUUGGGAGAAUCGAUGCCUUUGUCCAAAGCCUUGAUAAAAACUUCAUGGUCCCAGUUGGCGGAGCCAUCAUCGCAGGCUUUGAUGAAAACUUCAUUAAGGAGAUCAGUAAGAUGUACCCAGGUCGAGCUUCUGCGUCCCCAUCUCUAGACGUCCUCAUUACGCUGCUCACACUGGGAGCCAAUGGCUACAAGAAACUCUUGGCUGAGAGAAAGGAGCUGUACGGUCACCUGGCGCAGGAGCUGAGCGCUCUAGCCGAGAGACACGGGGAGAGACUGCUGCAUACGCCACACAAUCCAAUAUCACUGGCUAUGUCUCUGAACCAUCUCCAGACACACAGUACUGCAGCAGUCACGCAGCUGGGCUCCAUGCUCUUUACCAGACAGGUGUCUGGAGCCAGGGUCGUCCCGCUGGGUGUGGAGCAGACCGUGAGUGGACACACGUUUCGUGGCUUCAUGUCGCACGCAGAUGCCUAUCCGUGCCCGUAUCUUAACGCAGCUUCUGCUAUUGGAAUAACCAAAGAUGAUAUAACACUGUGCAUCAAGAGACUCGAUAAAUGCCUUAAGAGCCUUAGCAAAGAAGCUUCUGCAGAGAAGAGUGAGUCAGGACCACCUGCUGAAGAUGUGGAGGACCAAACCGUGCCCUGAUGCUCUUGUUAAAAGAGUAGGAUGCAUAGGAAUCAUUUUUUUCAUAAUCUGAUCUUGUGGCAAUAACCUUGUGUGUGAAUGCUGAUAUAUCAGCAUAUAGCCACAGAUGCAUUUGUUUGUUUUCUCCAUGUUAGACCGAAGAGUUUUGACCUGUGUUCAGUUGUAUACCCUAACUGACAGUAAAUACAUUAUUUUAUGUCAUCUGGUUCUGCUCAUGUUUUUGUUUUUUUGUUUUUUUUACACAGACGCAUUCUCAUUUAGGCACUUGGAGAAAAGCUAGUGCUUAUAAUGACUGCUCUUAAGAUUAAUAAAAAUAUUAACCAGCAUAUUAAUGCUGCUUAAGUAAUAAACUUUGGUUAAACCCUA